AUGGAGUAUGAUCUUGAGGCGUGGACUACAUGCCCUUACGACCCGGCGCACCGUGUCCCACGCUCCCGCAUACAGAACCACAUAGUGAAAUGUCAGAAAAAACGACCACCACUGUCAAUAUGCCCAUAUAAUGCUACUCAUCGUUUUCCUGAAAGUGAAAUGAAAGCCCACUGUCAGAACUGCCCUCAGAAACCCCUCGAGGUGGAAGACAACAGGCCUGGUGGCCAGAUUACAGUGCCAAAGCCAAUACUGCAACGGGAAUAUCUGCCGGAGACAGACCCAAAUCACGAAUGUUGGGACGAUUAA